AUGCCCAACGGGAAACUUCUCAAUAGACCAGUAAAUGCACUAUACCCCUUGGAAAUAACUGCUGAAGAAAAUUCGGAAAUUCAACCGACAGCUUCUAAGAAACCAAUGGAAAAACCAAAUCAACAAAAAGGACCUGUAGCCUCAACAACUAGGAAUGCUACUCAAAUACGAAUUCAAACACCCAGCAUUAUAACUUCUGAAGGCAAUAUUCUUCUUCAGUCGGGAAUGGAAAAACUCCGAAACUCAUUUAUCAUUGCUCACCAAUUCAUCGUGUUAUAUACAUACAUAUUUAUACUCCUUUUUUUGUUGUUAAUUAGUGCAAGAACAAUAUUAUCUCCCGAAUAA